UUUAUGUAGGUAGAUACUGUACAUAGCAGCAGUCACAAACAGGCAAAAUUACACAACAUAUGGAUAGAUAAGUAUAUAAUUACAUAAACGUACUACAUACAAUCCAGUAGCCUUCAAAGCGUAUAUCCGUUUGGACGUAUUUUUCUUUUAUUAGCAGUUAUUGGUAAAAAAGUUGUUACGAUGGUUAACCCGAAUCAAGUACCAAAAGUGAAAUUAAAUAACGGUUUGGAAAUUCCCGUUUUUGGACUAGGCACAUGGAAGUCAAAACCAGGAGAAGUAACGCAAGCAGUAAAGGAUGCAAUAGACGCCGGUUACAGACAUAUUGACUGCGCUUGGGUUUACGGAAAUGAAAAGGAAGUCGGUGAAGCGAUCAAGGCAAAAAUUGAUGAGAAAGUUGUCAAAAGAGAAGACCUCUUUAUUGUCAGCAAACUGUGGUGUACUUUCCACAAACCGGAAGCUGUAGAACCAGCACUUAAACAGUCAUUAACGGCUCUGGGAUUAGAUUAUUUGGAUCUGUAUUUAAUGCAUGCUCCCAUGGAUUUUAAGCCAGGAGAUGAUGGUUCAUACCAAAAAGACGAAAACGGUCAUGUCGUUCCAGAGGGUGUUGAUUAUGUGGAUACGUGGAAAGCAAUGGAGGAAGUUUACAAAAAAGGGCUCGUCAAAUCAAUUGGAAUAUCCAAUUUUAAUAGAAAACAAAUCGAAAGGCUUCUCCAAUUGACUACAGUUGUACCAGUUACCAAUCAAGUUGAAUGUCAUCCGUAUUUGAAUCAAAAGAAACUUGCCGAAUUCUGCAAAUCAAAAGAAAUUACGAUUACCGCCUACAGUCCAUUUGGAGCCCCUGAUCGUCCAUGGGCAAAACCAGACGAUCCAAAGUUAUUGGAUGACGGUAAACUAAAAAUCAUCGGUGACAAGUACAAAAAAACCCAUGCACAAGUUAUCAUCAGAUAUCUACUCCAAAGAGGUCUAAUAGCCAUUCCAAAGUCGGUAAACAAGAAGAGAAUUCAAGAGAACAUUGACGUGUUUGAUUUUCAACUGACUUCAGAAGAUGUUAAGUAUAUCGACUCUUUCGACUGCAAUGGUAGAAUAAUAUUGUGGCAAUGGUUUACAACACACCCCCACUAUCCCUUCAACGAUGAAUACUGAAUUGAAGAAUUAGCAAUGGGAACUUCAAGAAA